AUGAGUUCGACUCCUUUAUCACAUACGAAUAAAUUUAGUGAACUUAAAAGUUCCACGGGAUCUCCACGGUCCAAGAUGGGCUUUUCAAAACAAACCAAUGAAGAAUUUAAUGCAGUACCAGUUACAUCUGAGUUUUACACAAAACGUACUAGCUACAAAACUUUUUUUCGACCUUUUUUAAUUCUUUUAUUUUCAAUCUAUAUUGUACUAGUAUCAUUCCUUUCAAAGAAGGAUUCUAAUUCUGGGUUUUCCUUAGCCCUAAUGACUUUUCACACCAAAGUUAUAGAUCUCUACCAAGUAAUUUUGGAUUUUUACAAAAGAUGUCCCGCUGUAAUGUCUAUUGUAAAAAAGUUGAGGUUUGAAGUUCCUUAUUUUAUAAAGAUUUUAUCUUUAUACGUACCCAAAUACGAAAAACAGAUAGUCUAUCUAUCUAAUUAUAAUACACUAAAUAACUGGCUUUCUAUUUUCGUCUGGGCUACUUUUGCAGUCAUUUUCGAACUCCUUACUGCAGUUGUUAAUAAUUUGGUUCUUUCUUACAGGCACAGGAACACACCUCGCUAUUGUUCCAACAUGGUUCAUCCCUCUAAAUUUCAUGACAAAGUUUUCACGCAAGAACAAUUAAACAAACUCUUUAAAACUAGGGAAUACUUAGACUUAAAGAACUCUAGACAUGGUUUAGGUCCUGAGGCUUGGAAUUGGCAGCUGAGAAAAACUCUGGAAGCAAAACACAAUUCAAAAUCGCAAAACGCAGUCUCAUCUGGAGAUGAAUCGGAUAUCAGUACCUGA